AUGGUAUGGACAAGUCACCUUCUGAACAUGGAUCACAUACUGGUGGUGUUCAUGUUCCUCUGGAGCUCAGGUCUACAGAGAGAGGGAAAUGACAAUUCAGAAGAGAUGAAAGAUAUCCACUUGGUGGGAGGAUCCAGCCGCUGUUCUGGUUGGCUACAGGUGAAGCACCAGGGAGUUUGGAGAAAAGUGAAUGACCGUAACUGGGACCUGAAGUUAGCAGAUGAAGUUUGCAGACAUCUGGACUGUGGUUCUGUGGUUCGGGCUGUCUCAAGAUUUGAUGAAUACUCAUCUUUAUGGAGCAUCACGCCUUCCUGUCUUGAUGCUGAAUCUGGACUGACUAAAUGUUUAACAAAAAGGUCCACGACUCCUCAAACCAGUUUGGAGAUCAUCUGCUCAGACUCUGUCAGGCUGGUUAAUGGGAAUAGUCUGUGUUCAGGCAGACUGGAAGUGAAGUCUAACCAGUCGUGGUCCUCAGUGUGUGAAGAUGACUUUAAUCAGCAGGAUGCAGAGGUGGUCUGUAGGGAGCUUGGCUGUGGUGCUCCUUCAGUCCUCCAGGGGGCGCUGUAUGGGGAAAUGGAGGUGCCAAUGUGGACCAAAGAGUUCCAGUGUGAAGGCAAUGAGUCAGCUCUCCUGGAUUGUCAGAUUGACAACUCAGGCUCAUCUAGAAAUACCUGUUCAUCUGGCGACACUGUUGAAAUCACCUGUUCAGAGCCCGAUAAUGUCCGGUUGAUGAGUGGAUCCAGUCACUGUGCUGGUGAACUGGAGGUGAAACAACAGGGACAAUGGAAAGGAGUGAAUGACAAAAUCUCUCGCUGGAAUUUAAAGACAGCAGACAUAGUGUGUAGAAAACUGGAGUGCGGCUCUGCUGUAUCAACAGGGGAGAGAGAAGGUCAUAUUUACAGAUUUUUAUGGUGGAUUAGAUCAACUUGUCUUCAGUCCGGGUCUGCAUUCAGGGAGUGUGUAAUUACAAAGUCUGACUCUUCAACUUCCAACCUGGAAAUCAAGUGCUCAGAAUCUGUCAGGCUGGUUAAUGGGAAUAGUCUGUGUUCAGGCAGACUGGAAGUGAAGUCUAAUCAGUUGUGGUCCUCAGUGUGUGAGGAUGACUUUGACCAGCAGGAUGCAGAGGUGGUCUGUAGGGAGCUUGGCUGUGGGGCUCCUUCAGUCCUCCAGGGGGCGCUGUAUGGAGAAGCAGAGGCUCCAGUGUGGACCAAAGAGUUCCAGUGUGAAGGCAACGAGUCUGCUCUCCUGGACUGUAGAAGCUCAGACUCAGCUAGAAACACCUGCUCACCUGGCAAAUCUAUUCAACUUACAUGCUCAGUGCCUGAUGAGGUCCAGUUGGUUGGAGGAGCAAGCCCCUGUGUCGGCAGACUUAAGAUGAAACACAAGGGAGAGUGGAGACCAGUGUCUAACAGCUAUUCUAACUGGGACCUGAUGUCCGCAGCUGUAGUAUGUAGGCAGCUGGACUGUGGCUCUGCUCUUUCAACACAAAGAACAAAUGAUUUGGACUACGUAGAUAAAUGGAUAAUUACAUCUUCCUGUGGUUUGUCUGAGUCUGCAAUCAGGGAAUGUGCAGUAUUACGGCCCCAUUCUUACGGUAAUAGUCUGGAAAUCACCUGCUCAGAAUCUGUCAGGCUGGUUAAUGGGAAUAGUCUGUGUUCAGGCAGACUGGAAGUGAAGUCUAAUCAGUUGUGGUCCUCAGUGUGUGAGGAUGACUUUGACCAGCAGGAUGCAGAGGUGGUCUGUAGGGAGCUUGGCUGUGGGGCUCCUUCAGUCCUCCAGGGGGCGCUGUAUGGAGAAGCAGAGGCUCCAGUGUGGACCAAAGAGUUCCAGUGUGAAGGCAACGAGUCUGCUCUCCUGGACUGUAGAAGCUCAGACUCAGCUAGAAACACCUGCUCACCUGGCAAAUCUAUUCAACUUACAUGCUCAGUGCCUGAUGAUGUCCAGUUGGUUGGAGGAGCAAGCCCCUGUGUCGGCAGACUUAAGAUGAAACACAAGGGAGAGUGGAGACCAGUGUCUAACAGCUAUUCUAACUGGGACCUGAUGUCCGCAGCUGUAGUAUGUAGGCAGCUGGACUGUGGCUCUGCUCUUUCAACACAAAGAAGAGAUGAUUCGGACAACGUAGAUAAAUGGAUAAUUACAUCUUACUGUGGUUUGUCUGAGUCUGCAAUCAGGGAAUGUGCAGUAUUACGGCCCGAUUCUUCCCGUAAUAGUCUGGAAAUCACCUGCUCAGAUUUUCUGGCUCAGCCAAACAUCUCCUUCUCUACCUACAUUGACGGUGUUUCUGAAGCCAAGCAGCAGGGGCUUCAGGUGCUCAUGGGCACCAACUUCACCAUCAGCUGCUCCAUCCUGCCACAGUAUCCAGGAGGGUUCUUCCAGCUUAUUUUGACCACCUCAGCUACAUCACAGAACUACACCCUGCCAGCUGUCAAUCACUCUGCCCAUUUCCUGUUCUCUGCUGCAGACCACACCCACCAAGGAGACUACAACUGUGUUUAUCACAUCUAUGUUUUCUCCAGUAACUUCUCUUCUGAGAGCCAGCCACUCUCUCUCACUGUCUCAGCCUCUUUAACAGUUCUGUUCAUCAGACUGGUUGUCCUAGUGCUGAUUGUGGCGUUCACUGCUGCCCUGUUUUUCUACUGCAAGGCCACCAGAGGGCAAAUGCCAAGAGAGGACAACAUUGAGCUGGAUUACCUUAAGGGUGCUGAAGACUAGCUGGAUGAAGAGGCAGGAGCCCAGGGAAAAGACUAGGAUCCUCAAGGUGCACAUCCAGAUGGACUGCUCAGCUCUCACACAACACAUCAGCGCAGCAUUCUUCUGAAUUCAGUGUUUCAUCUCGAUCUUAUUGUUUGGGUCAAAGUCCAUCCCCUUGUCUGUCAGGUGUGGGAUAUGUAUCCUGCAGAUUUUCCUGGAGAAGACUCGGUUCUGGGGUCCAAGGAGGUAAAAAGUGAAUUUCACAAAAAAAAGAAAAAUUGCCAGACUUUUAAACCAUUACAAAUGGUAAAGAUAACUGGUGAAAUAUCAUAUAUAUAAAUAUCAUCAUAUAUACAUUCGUGUUUUCUUACUAUAUUCUUAGAUUUUAAAUUCCUGCACUGAUGUUUCACAUUACAUAGGACAUAAUCCCACCCUUUUCUGGAAGGUUUUUCAUUUGAAACAAACAAAACCUUCAUGGAUUCUGAGGUGGACACAUUUUCAGUGUUCCCUUUUCAUACAGGAGAUGUACAUAAUACGCCCUGUUAUACCCUUACCCCUGUUCUAAAAGUAAUAUCAGUGAAACUGCAAUGGUUAUUGGGAAUAUGGAUGUACAGUACAGAUCAUUAAAGUCACUAUUGUAAUUGAUUAUAAAGGUGUUACAGUUGUAGUUGGUUCUUUGCAUGAUGAAAGUAAGAUGCGAGUAAUGGUGACAGAGUUCCAUGAAUUAAGAAAGCUGAUGAUAAGUUAAAUGUUGUUCAUUUUUUGAAGCAACCAAUUGCAGUAAGUAACUAAGUAAUAUUUUGAUGUUUCUGUCUGUGUUCUGUGUCUGAUGACUUAUUGUCAGACAUAAUUUUAAGACUAAUGGGUUUUUAGAGUCGAUGAGAGGGGCUUCUAAGCCACUAAAACCAAAUUACAAACAUCAUUUGUUGUUAGGUCAAUGUAUUUGAACAGUUAAACAAUGUGCUUUUUAAAAUGUAUGACAAUAAAUGAAGCUUGCAUUGA